UUUCUGUCCCUCUCUCCCCCCCAUCCCAAAUUGACCGAGAAACAAAUAGCUCGUCGAUUGCCCCAUCGCCCGGUGAGCAGAGCAUGGAAUGCCUUCCCGGCUCCAUCGCCUUCCUCACCGGGAUGGUCCCCCACCGCACCGAGAAGAGCCGGCUGGCUUCUGCCCGCGAAAAAGGGACGAAGGCGAGGGGCGAGAAUGAGCACAGGAACCAUUAAGAUACCUCGCCGCCGGGUACCGGUGGGAUUUUCGGUUUCGAAGCCGAAGCCCGUCCUUCUGAUCGCCUUGUGAUGUGAUGCUUCUCAUCAAUCGUUCUCUCUCUCUGUUUCUUGGUCCGACCAGUGAGAUAAGGCCAAUCGCAGGACGAGGCGCUCUCUGAGUGGUCAGACGAGCAGGCCAAACCGAUUGCGACUGGGCGGGCAUGGGGGGCCCAGGUUGGCGACCCAUGACGGGCAGCCAACACCCCAAAGCUUGUCGGUUCGCAGUUUCUCAUGCCUGGCGAACGAGGUCUCGAGCGCCGCUGACAACCCCGGGCCUCGCCCUCUUCAUCUGAUUUUUCAGUGCAUGGCAGCGCCGUCGCGGGGAGCGCAUGGUGUCAAUUGGAUUCUGGACAGGCCGUGCCAGCUUGUGGCGAGGGAAUUAAUGGGCGUGGCUCACUAUAAGCGCGCAUUUGCAGCUCUUUUUGCCUUUCUGAAUGCCUGCAUCUUUUCUGCUCAUUGAGAGCUCGUUGCCAGAAGCAGAGAGCUUCUCAGAACCACAGAGGCACAGCCAGAAAAUCCCGCACGCAAGGCCUGUGAAUGGAUGACGGAGAUACCUGGAAGUGGAGUCACGACAAGGUACCGAGGACCCAGGCAAUGGCGGCAUCCUCGGCGGGCUAGGACAGACAAGAGUGGAGAGCCGGUACAAGGCCAGAUUGCGCACCCCAGGUACCUCGCUGUUGAUUGUGACCUGCAGUUGCGCGACCCACUGUUUUCAAGGACCAGGGUAGCAAGUGGUUGCUGUGGGUUGCGAUGCCCGUUGCUUGGGUUGCUUGGGGUCUCGGAGGAAGAGGAAAGCAGGAAUGGCAGAGCAGACAAGGACAGUGCCAAUUGGGACGGCAGAACACGCCGACCACGCGCCGAUGCUGCAGGAACGCCCAGUAGCGCACAGUCUAGGGUCGGGGGCACACACAGUGUAAGGCAUUCAUCCCAAUGGAAGGACGGGGAAGGAGGCAAAGAGCGAGUCGGGGAAACCUGGAACUGAAGGUAGAAAGAAGCGGUAAUCGCAGCAGCAGCAAGCAGCUGGAACAGAGCACGGGCACUGGACUGGCAGGCACGCAGCAGCAGCGGGCAGGCAAAAGAGCGGAUUUGACGAGUGGGCGAGUUGGAGUGGAUUGAUUGAUGGGAUGGAUGGAUUUUGGAGGAGCAAUGGAGUGUGGGUGGGUGGGCGAUGAGUGGGUGAGCGGGUGAAGGUUCCACCAGUCCUGUAGGUGGUCGGUACCUGGGUACCUUCGCUUGGACGUGCAAUUCCGUACUGUGCCCACGGUAGCGCAGCUUGUAGCGGGCAAGGAAGCUUUGAUCAGGGCCGGGAAAGGUCGCUCGUGGUUCGCGGCGUUGUUGGAAAGGUUGAAAUACUUGGACUGCCCGCUUCCCUCCCCCCUCUCUUUCCUCUUUUUGCUUCACGCUUGAAGGCCCUUUUUAACUCUCCCUUCGACGUGAGGUCUCGCUCUCCCUCGAGUCCAAACUCAACUCUCCUCUCUACACCCUAAUUCUCUCUCGGUUUUUGUGGUCGCCAACACCGCAUCACCGCCACCUCACCUAUUAAUAAGGUCGUCACAACAAACAACCUUUGAGGCCGCGUCCGCCCACCUAGCUUUGGUUCACCACCUACAACCAUAUCUACCUAAGCAUCACUUGAUCACUCCGCGCCCUACUGAUCACCUUUAUUUCUCCUCGUCCCGAUCAGCCCCGAGCAGAGCUUAUCUGCCGACAACCGCGUCACAAUGGCCGAACACUCGACCACCGGCGCUCCCGCGCUGUCGACCAACAUUGAGAGUGGCAACUUUGACGAGAAGGCCCCUCACCACGCCGCCCCUCCCAAGCAAAAGGUCGUGGAGGAAGAGGAGGAGGAUGAGGACAUUGACGCCCUCAUCGAGGACCUCGAGUCCAACGACGGCCAUGGCAUGUUUGAGGAAGAAGAGGAGGUCGCUCCCGGCUCCGGGCGCGUCAUUCCUGAGGACAUGCUCCAGACCGACACCCGCGUCGGUCUCACCGAGCAGGAGGUUACCCAGAGACGCCGCAAGUAUGGUCUCAACCAGAUGAAGGAGGAGAAGGAGAACCUUCUCCUGAAGUUCCUUGGCUUCUUCGUCGGUCCCAUUCAGUUCGUCAUGGAGGCUGCCGCCGUCUUGGCUGCUGGUCUCGAGGACUGGGUUGAUUUCGGUGUCAUUUGCGGUCUGCUCCUUCUCAACGCUGUCGUCGGUUUCGUCCAAGAAUACCAGGCUGGUUCUAUUGUCGAUGAACUCAAGAAGACUCUCGCCCUCAAGGCUGUCGUCCUCCGUGAUGGCACCCUCAAGGAGAUUGAGGCUCCCGAGGUCGUCCCCGGUGACAUCCUGCAGGUUGAAGAGGGUACCAUCAUUCCCGCCGAUGGUCGCAUCGUCACCGAUGAUGCUUUCCUCCAGGUUGAUCAGUCUGCCAUCACCGGUGAGUCUCUCGCCGUCGACAAGCACAAGAACGACUCCUGCUACGCUUCUUCCGCUGUCAAGCGUGGUGAGGCUUUCCUCGUCGUUACUGCUACCGGUGACAACACCUUCGUCGGUCGUGCCGCUGCCCUCGUGAACGCUGCUAGCGCCGGCUCCGGUCACUUCACCGAGGUUCUCAACGGCAUUGGUACUAUUCUCCUGGUUCUCGUCAUUCUCACCAACUUGGUCGUCUGGGUUGCUUCCUUCUACCGCAACAACGGCAUCGUCAAGAUCCUUGAGUUCACCCUCGCCAUUACCAUCAUUGGUGUUCCCGUCGGUCUUCCCGCCGUUGUCACCACCACCAUGGCUGUCGGCGCUGCUUACCUUGCCAAGAAGAAGGCCAUCGUCCAGAAGCUCUCUGCCAUCGAGUCCCUUGCCGGUGUCGAGAUUCUCUGCUCUGACAAGACUGGUACUCUCACCAAGAACAAGCUCUCUCUCGCUGAGCCCUACACCGUCGCUGGUGUCGAGCCCGAGGACCUCAUGUUGACUGCCUGCUUGGCCGCUUCCCGCAAGAAGAAGGGUAUGGAUGCCAUCGACAAGGCUUUCCUCAAGUCCCUCAAGUUUUACCCCCGUGCCAAGUCUGUUCUCUCCAAGUACAAGGUCCUCGAUUUCCACCCCUUCGACCCCGUCUCCAAGAAGGUUCAAGCCGUUGUCGAGUCUCCCCAGGGUGAGCGCAUCAUCUGCGUCAAGGGUGCCCCUCUUUUCGUCCUGAAGACCGUUGAGGAAGACCACCCCAUUCCCGAGGAGGUUGAUGUCGACUACAAGAACAAGGUUGCCGAGUUCGCUACCCGUGGUUUCCGUUCCCUCGGUGUUGCCCGCAAGCGUGGUGAGGGCUCCUGGGAGAUUCUCGGUAUCAUGCCCUGCUCUGACCCCCCUCGUCACGAUACCGCCCGCACCAUCAACGAAGCCAAGUCUCUCGGUCUCUCCAUCAAGAUGCUUACUGGUGACGCCGUCGGUAUCGCUCGUGAGACUUCUCGCCAGCUCGGUCUCGGCACCAACGUUUACAACGCCGAGCGUCUCGGUCUCGGUGGCGGCGGUGACAUGCCCGGCUCUGAGGUUUACGAUUUCGUCGAGGCUGCCGAUGGUUUCGCCGAGGUCUUCCCCCAGCACAAGUACAACGUCGUCGAGAUUCUCCAGCAGCGUGGCUACCUCGUUGCCAUGACCGGUGACGGUGUCAACGAUGCUCCCUCGCUCAAGAAGGCUGACACUGGUAUUGCUGUCGAGGGUGCUUCCGAUGCUGCCCGUUCUGCUGCCGAUAUCGUUUUCCUUGCCCCUGGUCUCGGUGCCAUCAUUGAUGCCCUCAAGACUUCUCGCCAGAUUUUCCACCGCAUGUACGCCUACGUUGUCUACCGUAUCGCUCUGUCGAUCCAUCUCGAGAUCUACCUUGGCCUCUGGAUCGCCAUCCUCAACCGCUCCCUCAACAUUGAGCUCGUUGUCUUCAUCGCCAUUUUCGCUGAUGUUGCCACCCUUGCCAUUGCCUACGACAACGCUCCCUACUCCAAGACCCCCGUCAAGUGGAACCUGCCCAAGCUCUGGGGUAUGUCCGUCCUUCUCGGUGUCGUCCUUGCCGUCGGUACCUGGAUCACUGUCACCACCAUGUACGCCCACCCCAACGGUGGUAUCAUCCAGAACUUCGGUAACCUCGACGAGGUUGUCUUCCUUCAGAUCUCGCUCACUGAGAACUGGCUCAUCUUCAUCACUCGUGCCAACGGUCCCUUCUGGUCCUCUCUUCCCUCGUGGCAAUUGGCCGGCGCUAUUCUCGUCGUUGACAUUUUGGCCACUCUCUUCUGUAUCUUCGGAUGGUUUGAGGGCGGUGACCAGACUUCGAUCGUCGCGGUUGUCCGUGUCUGGGUCUUCUCUUUCGGUGUGUUCUGCGUCAUGGGCGGUGUUUACUACAUCCUCCAGGACUCUGUCGGGUUUGACAACCUCAUGCACGGCAAGUCCCCCAAGGGCAACCAGAAGCAGAGAUCGCUGGAGGACUUUGUUGUCUCUCUCCAGCGUGUGUCUACGCAGCACGAGAAGUCGCAGUGA